GUUACCACUUCCGGCGUUACCACCUUCUUUGUCUACGGCCCAGGAUUUCGCUACCAGUGGUUGUUCAGUUUUCCUUUGAUUUGAGAAUAUAUUACUUUAUACAUCCCAAUUUUUUUUACAUUUAUGACACUCGACUCUGAUUUAUUUAUGCCUAAAAGUAAAGCGCCAAAAAUGGAUGACCUGGACUACAUCCCAGUAGACUUGAGCCCAGAGGAGCGCUCUGAGCUGGAGGACAUCCGCAGGAGGAAGGGCAUCCUGCUGCAAGAGAUCCAGAGGCUCAGGGAAGAAUUAAGAGAAGCAAUCUUAGAAGUAGAAGGUCUGGAGACUAGCACAGAGGGCAGUAAAACACUACAGAAAAGUCGGCAUGUAGCAAUGGGACGCAAGAAAUUCAAUAUGGACCCAAAAAAGGGCAUCCUGUUCUUGGUGGAGAACGAGCUGGUCAGACACACGGCAGAGGACAUCGCUCAGUUCCUGUACAAGGGAGAAGGCCUCAACAAGACUGCCAUAGGAGAUUACCUGGGGGAGAGAGAUGAUUUCAAUAUCAAAGUUCUUCAAGCUUUUGUUGACCUCCAUGAGUUUACUGACCUCAACCUGGUGCAAGCCCUCAGACAGUUUCUCUGGAGUUUCCGUUUGCCUGGUGAGGCGCAAAAGAUUGACAGAAUGAUGGAGGCCUUCGCUCAGAGAUACUGUCAUUGCAACGCCGGCGUCUUCCAAAGUACAGACACGUGUUAUGUUCUGUCCUUUGCCAUAAUCAUGCUGAAUACAAGCCUCCAUAACCCCAACGUGAGGGACAAACCUGGACUGGACCGCUUCAUCUCAAUGAACCGAGGCAUCAACGAGGGGGGGGACUUGCCGGAGGACCUGCUCCGAAAUCUGUAUGAAAGUAUUAAAAACGAGCCCUUCAAGAUCCCCGAGGACGACGGCAACGAUCUGACACACACCUUCUUCAACCCUGACAGAGAGGGUUGGCUUCUCAAACUGGGGGGGCGUGUAAAAACCUGGAAGCGCCGAUGGUUCAUCCUCACAGAUAACUGCCUUUAUUACUUUGAAUACACCACAGAUAAGGAGCCCCGAGGUAUCAUUCCUUUGGAAAACCUUAGCAUCCGUGAGGUAGAAGACCCAAGAAAGCCUAACUGCUUUGAGCUGUACAUCCCCAACAAUCGCGGCCAGCUGAUUAAGGCCUGUAAGACAGAAGCAGACGGGCGAGUGGUGGAAGGAAACCACAUGGUGUACCGCAUCUCUGCACCCACACCGGAGGAAAAGGAUGAGUGGAUCCACAGCAUCAAAUCUGCUGUUAGUGUGGAUCCCUUCUACGAAAUGCUUGCGGCCAGGAAGAAGCGUAUAUCUCUCAAGAAGAAGGAGGAGCAGCCGUAGAACGCUGGAUCCACUCACUCCUUGCUCUUCCUCCAUCCCUUCUUUAUAGAACCCGAUGGUGACUUUUGGUAACUCUUAUUCCUCCUCAAACACCUUUUCUUCCACCCAGAAGGAAUGAUUAUCCUGUCUGCAAGACUUUGAAAAAGCCACAACCAAAGUGAGCAGUUCACUUACUGUGGCUACCACUCAUGCUGCUGCUGGUACAAAUCCCCUUCAACAACUGACUGCACCAGAAAAUCCCUUCUGUCUUCUUCUCUUCUGGACAGUGAGCCAUCUUAGGUCAUUUAUUCACACAAUUGCUGAAAUCUGUUUAGGACACUCGUUAGUAGUUUGAAGGAUUUGAAAAAGGUAAUUUGUUUUUGACAAAUUUGACCCGCUGACGUACUUCUGUCAUUAAGGUGUAUAUAACCUAGAAAAAAUUAAGCAAACUAAAGUCAAAUUGUUGGUUUAAGUGGAUUUUGCCUGGGUAGUAACAGGGAGUUCCUAUGUUUUUUGGGGCUGUUUAGCUUGUACAGUGUUUUAUUGGAGGAAUUGGUGUUGACAAAAAGCACAGAAAAACAUUUUAUAUCACAUUUCUGCAUUACUUUGAGUCUAAGUUUGAUUAGGGAAGAUUGAUCUUCGCGAGAAACUCUGGUGCAUCCGAAACAAAAUGUGAAUUAAGAAACACUACGAGUCACUUUGGGUUAAGGUAACCUGACUUCAAUAAAGUCAGAUUUGAUCACAGCUUUCUGAAAUACUCUACAUGGCACAUCCAUAAUUGUGAACUGAAGCAUUAAAAAGAAGAUUUGAACAUUUAUCUUUGCAGUAAAGUCUCAGAAGAGUCUGUGGAGGUGGCAGCUUCUUUCAGCUCUUCGUAUUUAUUGUAGCAUCUUUCUCUCAACGUGAGCAAUAGCAGAGCUGGGGCAUUGUAUUAUGAAGGCUUGUUAAACUUUCUAUUCUAUACUGAGCAGUGAUCUUCAAAGCAUGCUGCACAUCCGCUCCAUCUUUCUCAUCCCUCCAUCACAGAUAACCAACAUCCCAUCCCCACUAAUACAUGUCCAGACCAGAUCCGUGCUCCACUGAGUGUAUUAAAGCACAACGGCAGCUCAUUUCAUUGUACACUUUAUUUGUAAAUAGAGGUUAGCACAUUUGUUUACAAAACUCAUAGAAAUGAUUUAAUUUAUUUAUCUUUUGUUGAGAUCAAAAUUUUGUAUUACUGCAUGUUGACAUAUAGAGGUGUGGAUCUUCAUUACUAAUGCAUCUUUGACCAUGUCGUUGCACUAAUGGGACGGUUUUAGUGUUUCAUUUGGAAUUAGUAAAGAAUGCGUAGGAUAAUGAAGUUCAGUGAAUGAUUUUUGGUACGUGAUUUUGGAAAAAGCAAAGGUGCAUUUGUAGUGCAAAAAAAGGAGGUGUACUUUUUUCUGCAUUUGUAGUGCCAUUCCCCCCUUUUUUGUCGGUGUUUUUUCCAGACUCAUGAAAGCACAGGCAGAGACCAGCUUUCAUCCUUAGUGUCAGCUGGCGUUAGAAGAAUCAGCUUGCAAGCUAAAAUUCCCUUUUUAUAGCACAUGUACAGACGUAUAAACGGUUAAAACGAACACAAAAACAUUCAGCAGUAACAAGUUAAGUAUAAUCCAAUAAUAGAUUGAAACACAGUUUAAAUGUGUCUCGUAAAUUAGCAUCUUUGACUGUAGAUUAAAAAACUGCACUUUAUCAUGUGAAGCAUUUUGGAAAAAUACAGUUAUUGUAUGGCUGCGGUGGCUCCCUCUGCUGGUAGUCCCUUGUGCUGCAAUUUACUUAAAGAACCACAGCGGCUUCAUCCAGUCACUUCCAGUUAUGACAACUUACCAUGCCAGUUUCAUGUUCUGUCUGUGCCAAAUUAUUCUGCAAAUACACACAAACUGUGUUGCUUUUGUGUCUUUCUGAAGAUAAGUCACUCACUUUUAACUCUGAACCCAUGUUUAAAAUGCUGCCUUUAAUACAGUACAGACCAAAGGUUUGGACAAACUUUUGGUCUGUACUGGAUGUGCAAACUGAUAAAAGCCUGACUUUAAACUUGACUGUUUGUUCUUCCCUGGGAACAGCCGUUACUUUCUGUCUAUUUUCGAAGGGAAAAGUUGCCAAAAUGAUGACGGCAAUGAUCAGGUCAAAGGCACGAAUGAACACUAAGAUGAUCCCCAAAAAAUCUGAUGUAUUUGUUCCUGAUAGAUCUCACUACAAAGCAGUCUGUUUUUAUGGAAGGUUUUUUUUUUGUAUUUAUUUAUUUUUGUUUACUGUGAAGUGAUACAUCAUUUGUACAUGUAUCCAAAGGAAAACCAUGACAUUGAUGCCAGUAAACUGUGUGACAAUAAAAGGUAAAGAGAGAAAGUUUGUUGGAAUGUUUCUUUUUUACUCUAGAUUUUGUUUUGUGGCUCUAAAAUAUUAGUUUCUUUUGUAUUUGAUUAUUCUUUCAUUUUUUAAGCUUCAAUGUGAAUUAGUAACUUGUAUUGUUGUGAUUGAGAACCACACCUAUUAUUUCUGAGGAAAUAAUACUUGUGAGCAUGUAAACAAAUGAAUAAAAUACAGGAAUGCCUUAAACAGA